UCUAAGUCUCAACCAGCAGCUCAAACUCGUCCGUCUCCGACGCAAUAUGUCUGUGACUCUUCACACAAAUCUCGGGGAUAUCAAGUGCGAGGUCUUCUGCGACGAGGUCCCUAAAACCGCCGAGAAUUUCUUGGCGCUGUGUGCGAGCGGUUAUUAUGAUGGGACUAUAUUUCAUAGGAAUAUAAAGGGUUUCAUGAUACAAGGUGGAGACCCGACUGGUACUGGCAAGGGAGGGACUAGCAUUUGGGGCAAGAAGUUCAAUGAUGAGAUAAGGGAGUCUCUCAAGCACAAUGCAAGGGGAAUAAUGUCAAUGGCUAAUAGUGGUCCGAAUACAAAUGGAAGCCAGUUCUUCAUUAGCUAUGCAAAGCAGCCGCAUCUCAAUGGGCUGUACACUGUGCUUGGCAAAGUAAUUCAUGGGUUUGAGGUUCUUGAUAUCAUGGAAAAGACUCCAACUGGACCGGGGGACCGUCCUCUUGCAGAGAUCAGGCUUAAUCGUGUGACUAUACAUGCCAAUCCUCUUGCUGGUUAGCCUUGAGUUUGGAUUGGUUGAAGGUGGCGGGAAUGUAAUCUAGCAAAUAGUUGCAGCUAUGUGUUUGAACAAUGAGAGGAUUAGACAUAGGGAAUGCUGUCAUCUCUAGCAGAGAAUAUGUAUAGCACAUUUUGAUUACUUCUUUAAGCGUAACUUGUAACUAGGGGAUCUUUCAUUCUUAUUACAUCGUUAUGACUCAUGUUGCCUGA